CUAUUGUCAAUUUAAUAAAUCCAAUCCGGAUAUUCAAAUAUAUUAUCAUACCACCACAUUCGCAUACUUUACUGGAAAUAAUGUCAUGGAGAAGUGACGCCCGUUGGUAAGACCGCUGUUUAGUUUGAGAAUCACCAAGCUGAAGUUAUUUUUCUUGUUGGCUUUACUUUCGGGAGUAAUAUAAGAAAUCAAAAUGCUUCUCUCAAGACAAAAACCUGCAGUCGGACCUCAGGGUUCUACUCCAGAAAAAGAGAAAAAUAAAAGACAAAUGCCCAAAGUUGAAGAUUUGCUUGAGAAGAGAGAUUAUACGGGAGCUAUAACAUUGCUAGAGUUUAACAAGCAUGCUGGAAAAGCAACAGGUGACACAGACCUGAUGAUUGGAUAUUGUUUCUUUCACUUGGGGGAAUACAAAAAGGCAUAUGAAAUAUAUCUAGCUUUGUCUCAACGACCAGCUGCUGAUUCAACAACUUUUCUGAAUCUUGGAUGUUGUUGUUUUUAUCUUGGAAUGUAUAAAGAAGCACAUGAAAACUGUAAAAAAGCUGACAAAAGUCCAUUACAAAACAGACUGUUAUUUCAUCUUUCACAUAAGUUUGGAGAUGAGUUCGAGUUAUUGACACGUCAUUCUAAAUUUGAAGAUUGUUUAUUGGAUCAAUUAUGCCUUGCCAGUUUACAUUAUAUGAGAGGACAUUAUCACGAGGCAGUUAGAAUAUAUAAGGAAUCUAUUGCAGAAGAUAGCAAGAGGGAAUUUCUGGCAUUGAAUGUGUAUGUUGCUCUGUGUUAUUACAAACUGGACUACUAUGACGUGUCACAGGAAGUAUUAGCUGUAUAUCUACAACAUUUUCCAGACAGUGCCAUUGCAUUGAACUUGAAAGCUUGUAAUCAUUUUCGCUUAUAUAAUGGUAAAGCAGCUGAGACCGAACUGAAAAAUUUGCAAGAAAUGGCAUCAUCUAGUUUUACUUUUGCUAGUGAACUGAUCAAACAUAACUUGGUUGUAUUCCGUGGUGGAGAAGGAGCACUUCAAACAUUACCUCCACUUAUUGAUGUAAUGACAGAAGCGAGGUUGAAUCUUGUUAUUUAUUAUUUAAAACAAGAUGAUAUUCUUGAAGCUUUCAAUCUCAUCAAAGAAAUUGAUCCAUCUACUCCGCAAGAAUAUAUAUUGAAAGGAGUCGUCAAUGCUGCUUUGGGGCAGGAACAAGGAUCUCGAGAACAUUUAAAAAUUGCUCAGCAAUAUUUUCAACUUGUAGGAGGUUCAGCAAGUGAAUGCGACACGAUACCAGGAAGACAAUGCAUGGCUUCUUGUUUCUUCUUGUUGAAGCAGUUUGACGAUGUUCUUAUCUAUCUUAACUCUGUCAAGAGCUACUUCUAUAGUGACGAUUGCUUCAAUUUCAACUAUGCCCAAGCAAAAGCUGCUUCAGGCAAUUACAAAGAAGCAGAAGAGAUCUUUCUUCUGAUUCAAAAUGAAAGAAUACGAAAUGAUUACGUUUACCUCAGCUGGUUAGCCAGAUGCUAUAUCAUGAACAAGAAAGCAAGACUUGCUUGGGAGUUAUAUUUGAAGAUGGAUACUUCUGGAGAAUCUUUCAGCAUUUUGCAACUCAUUGCUAAUGAUUGUUACAAGAUGGGACAAUUCUAUUAUGCUGCAAAAGCUUUUGACGUCUUGGAGAGAUUGGAUCCUAACCCAGAGUAUUGGGAAGGAAAACGUGGAGCUUGUGUUGGAAUUUUUCAAAUGAUAUUGGCUGGACAUGAACCAAGAGAAACACUUCGUGAAAUCCUCAUGCUUCUUCGUAACACAACAAACCCUCAAGUGGAGUACAUUGUGAGAACGAUUAAAAAGUGGGGGAAAGAACAACGACUCAACAUGCAAUAAAUUCGUCUGAGUGUAUAUAUCGGAUCAUCGGCAUUUCCAAUAAAAAACUGUAGUAGUAGUCUCCCUUCCGCAGGAUGUACUAUUUUUCAAUUGACUGAGCACAGUUCAAAAAUAUUAAUAGCCGGUGCUGUUAAUUUUGUGUCAUUGUAUGUAGUAUAUUUGUUUAGUUCUUUUUUCUUGUGUAUUAUAUUUUUCUACUCAAUAAAAUAUAAAGCUAUUUGUUUU